AUGAAGAAACCCAAAUUCAACCGACUCAAAACAUCAUCAUGCUCCCUCUUGCUGCUGCAACUCAUCGGUUCUAAUGAUGACCUUUUAACAGAAGUCCUUGGUCGUCUCCCAGCAAAGUCUAUCGCUCUUUACAAAUCUGUUUCGAAACAAUGGCUAUCCCUUUUAACUCACCCUUGGUUCACUCUUCGGUUUGACAAACUUGUAAAAUCUCCUGGUCUGUAUUAUCAUGAAUUGUAUGUCCCCUUUGAUGUUCAAAAGCCAACCACCCCGCCUUUUUCUGGCCUUGAUUUCUCCCCUGGUGAUCAUAUCGAUGGGAUCAGAAUAGUGCAAUCUUGUAACGGGUUGCUGCUUUGCUGUUGCGAUAAAUACCGUGGAUGUAGCGGUAACUACUACGUUUUGAAUCCCACCACAAAGAAAGUUGCAGCCAUCCCAUUCCCACCUGUUAUCGGGGAUCGACCAGAGUUAAUCCGAUUAAUGGGUCUGGCCUAUCAUCCAACCGAGUGCGCUCAUUACAAACUUGUUUGUAUUCAUCUACAUACUGAUGCACGUGGGUAUGAAGUGUCUAAUGAGAAUGGACAUGGAACGUAUAACAUUCAAAUAUAUUCGUCCCAGACAGGGGAAUGGAAGAAACUAAAUCAAACUUUCGCUCCCAAUGGGUAUACCAAGUUCAGAUAUGGAGUAUAUUGGAACGGAGCCUUUCACUGGGCACCCUCGUGUCCUAAUCCCAUGUACCUGAGGCUGGACACUGAAGAGGUUCAAGAAUUGCCUUUGCCAUCCCCUCUGCCCAAGCGGGUCACAUCAUCUCCAAUUGGUCAUUAUGAUAUUUAUUAUGCUAUGCCACUUUACUUUGGGGAAUCACGUGGCCAUCUACAUCUGGUGGAUACCGCAGAUGAUUAUUACAACAAUUCCUUACGUUUGAAUGUGUAUGAAAUGCUGAGAGAUCAUUCCGGGUGGUUAUCAAGUACCAACUGGACCUUCAUCAACUCUCUGCUGCUUACCCAAACAUGA